UAAUGUAAGGGCUUCUUCCUAAACCAAAACCCAAACCCUGAACCCUGGUCUCUCGGGAACAAACACAAAAAAGGCACACACUUUUGCGGACAAGGCAAAUCAGGAUUUCCGUGAGUCAGUAAUUACAACAAACAUCUGGUGUGCGUCGGUCACAUUUCGAUAUGAAGGGCAGCAGAACUACUACUCCUACUAAGCUCUUAACAUUUGCCGAAAAAUGCAAGAACAUAUUAGCAUCAAAUUGGCAAGGUACUCUAAAUACAGUUAAAGCUGAUUCUACAGGAAGCAAGGAAGAAAUCUACAGUUCAAAAGUCAAAUACUUUGUCAAGAGAGGAAGGCCGUACAUUUGGGUACCAGAAAAUGACUUGCAUAAUGUGAAUACAGUUAUAGAUGAACGUGGUUCAUUUGCUGUCACAAGUCCCUUACCAGGUUCCCUUGCAAGUUUGCUCCAAGCAUUAAAGAAGCCCCCCAAUCGGAUUGCUCUUGUCGGUGAAGUUGUGCCGCUUAGUGAUAAUAAGAUCAAGUCAGCAGCAGAAACCCUGCGAGAGAUGAUAAUAUCAGAAGGGGAGGCAAUAAGGGAGUUUAGUUACUCAGUUUCUAGUAUAUUAAGUUCAUCUAAUUUCACAUCUACAUCUCGUGCCGAAAACCUUCAAGAGUUUUUGAAUGAAGAUCUACAAUAUAGGAUAUACAAGUUUAAUCCAAGCUCAAUCACUUACAUAGAAAGCAAGGGAAGCAGCCAUGAAAUGGAUAUGAAGGAUAUGGAAGAAUCAAAGGCUGAUCCCUUGUCUCUUUUUUCUGCAAGCUUGAUUGAUGGCAUUAAUCAAAGUGAAGUCAGACGUCGAGCCCUGAUGAUUUUUUGUGCUACAUACUUGAAUAAGAAUGUUAAGGAUGCCCUGGUGCUUUCGAUAGAUCGGAAAGGGCUUGAUUUGCUGGGGAAGGUUAUGGGACCCAUGAUGGACGAUGGGUCUCGUGAAGUCCAAUGGAAAGAGAUGCGAUUGCAGCUUGCGGAAGAAGCUCGUGAUGUUGAGACGUUCUGCAAACGACUUGUUGAGAUGGAAGAGGAAGCAAUUAAGAAUGUUUCAGCAUUCAGUGGCCUACCAUUAGAUGCUAAUGAAAUGUAAGCCCUCACCGAACUUCGUGUGUGUUAACAUGGUUUGUUCAAGUUACAAUUUUUAUGUAUCCCGUAUUAAUAUAAUGCUUAAUAUAUUCACCACGGGUAAGGUUCAUGUGAGAACUA